AAAUAUUUAUUACUAAAACAAUCAAACCCUAAAACUAAAACGGCAACAUAUCUCAUUUCUAGCUCGUCUUCUCCGUCGUCGUCGUCAUGUUCGCUUCUUCGAAGAAAGCCUCCAUUGAAGCGUUUCAAGAUUAAAAUACAAGUAAAAUUUGAGCUGAUAUAUUGUUGAAACAUGAGUUGCCUUCAAGCAAUUGCUUGCUUACCAUCUUUGAAUAAGAACAGUACACUUAAUCGUGGUUAUCGACUCCCCAAAGCAUCGUUAAGACUGACCCCCAAAGCAUCGUUAAGGCUGACGAAUGCUGUCUCGGUUCAUAAGCGAUUUGGGCCUGUUUGCUUAUUUGGUGACAAAAAGAAACCAGACAAUCCCAGCGAGGCAUCAUCAUCUCCUUGGAAGAAUAUAGAGAAUGCAAUGGGAAGGCUGAAGAAGGAACAAUCAAUAGAAGAUUUACUUAGGCAACAGAUCGAUAAACAAGAGUACUUUCCUGAUAAUGAUGGAAAUAAGGGUGGAAACAGUCCUGGUGGUGGUGGUGGUGGAGGUGGCGGCGGUGGAAGCUCUGGGGAGUCAGAGGAAGGUGGCAUUGCUGGGAUAGUGGAUGAAUUUGUGCAAGUGAUUUUGGCAACUCUGGGUUUUAUAUUUCUGUAUAUUUACAUAAUAGAAGCAGAGGACAUAACUCGGUUAUUCCAAGACAUGAUCAAAUUCAUCUUCAGUGGAAAGAAGAGUAUUAGACUCAAGCGCUUGUUCCUCGAAUGUGGUUCAUUUUAUCAGAACGUGACCCGUAAGGAGGAGGUGGUAGUAGUCGAAAAUUGGCUGGAAACCGCUAUUUUGCAGACGCCCACAAUGUAUGACAGCAUCGAGAAAUACGAGUACAUCCUUAAGUCCUAUAUGAAAUCAAAAUCUGAUGACUGAUUUUCAGAAAAUGGCAUAUUUCCUUUUGGAUUAUGUUCAUCUUAAUUAGAUAUUGUGUUAGUUGUUUCGAGAUCCGAAGCUUGUGGCGGUUAGAAUGGAAAACAUUAUUCAUCGCUAGAGAAACUCAAACAGUUCGAAUGUCUAGAGAUGUACUCAUAAUAGUGCAUUUGAUUUUCAACAAUGUCUCAUGCCCCCAUGUGGGAGAUUUAUCUGUUUUUUGUUGGAUCAUAUUGAACAAGAAGAGAAUAUUUGAUAA